AUGUCUAAAGAUACAAUCUUGUUUGAACGAAACAAUGUUACUAUUAAAGAACGAUCACCACAAAGUGAAGCACGUGCGGCACCACUUGAUGAAAUAACUGGAACAAUAACAGUUGUAGAAGCUGAACGUGGAAAAUUUUUUCGUUUUGUACCAUUAGGUCUUGAAGAUGUUAUGACUGAUGAUUGGGCACUUAUUAAUGGUGGUCAUUCAAUUGUUUGUGAUAAAAAUGAUGGAGAUUCUGUAGCAGUUUCAUCUAGUCCACUAUUGAAAUUUCGUUAUCAUUUUAAUUUAAAUGAUUUACGAAGUGUUCGUCGACAUCAUAUGGUUCAUGGAACAGCUCAUAUGGUAUUUAUUCUUAAAGAUGGUACAACAUUACCAGCCUUUUAUUUUAAUCAUGGUGGAAGUAAAGAACUUUUACAAAAACUUGCUCAAUAUUUACCACUUGAGAAAUCAACACAAGAUACUCGUUUAUAUAUUGUAAAAGACGAUUUUCCACGAGAAAUCUCUUCACAAUCGAUCAGUGCUUUUGAUCAACUUAAUUUAUUUGACGAUUCAAAUGAUAUUAUGAAGCGAUAUCAAGGAAAUGACUCUCGUCGAACUGCGAUUGAGCGUUUUUCUCGUGUAACAAAUUUUCUUAAAGAUACAUUUCUUGGUCAAAAUGAAUUAAUACCAACAACCGAAGAUUCAGAUAGAAAAUCGGAACCUGAUGUAACUGCUCUUAUGGAAUCAUUUAAUGGUGAUUUUAGAGAGUCAAAUAAUGAUGGUUUUGAAGUUAUUUACAAGGUGGAUUUUAAAAAAUUGCCGGACGUUGCACGUGGUCAACCAUUAACAGUAAAAGAAUGGCAAAUGUCAUUUGAUAAAGAUGGACGUAUAAUUGAUGUUAAAAAACUAAAAGAACGAAUAUUUCGAGGUGGAUUAGAAUCAAAUAUAUUAAGGCGUGAAGUAUGGAAGUUUUUGUUAAACUAUUAUCCAUGGUCAUCAACACGUGAUGAACGUAUAGAAUUAGCUAAACAACGAAAAUCAGAAUAUCAUUCAAUGAAAGUACAAUGGAAGUCAAUAAAUGAACAACAAAAACAAAGAAAUGCUUUAUUUCGUGAUCGAGGAUCAUUAAUUGGUACAUAA